AAGGCAGCCAGAGUGGCCAGUGACCGACAUUGUUGAGCUCUUGGGAAAGAGCGUGGUAUUUCUCUCGUUGGUCGUGCGAGGGGGAAGAUGAAUGUGCUGCUGCAGGAAUCACUGACAUUCCAGGACGUGGCCAUCUGCUUCACUCCAGAGGAGUGGGAGCUGCUUGCUGAUGAUCAGAGGACCCUGUACUGUGACGUGAUGCUGGAGAACCUGAGAAACCUGAUUUCACUGGGGUACCCCGUUACCAAGACAAAGGUCUUCGUUAAGGUGGAGCAAGGACAUAAGCGGCAGAAGGUGAACGGAUGGAAGCCAUAUUGGAGCCAUACAGAAGUUGUCUGCCUCCUUUGUGAACUAGAGAGACAGGAGGGAAUCCAAGAUGAUUUUUUGAAUCAACAUACAUUUAUCAUCAAGAAAAAACUGUCUAAGAAGGGAGACCAGAAGUGCAGUCUGAGUGGAAGUGUUAUUUCGUCAAGACAAGAGAAACCUAAAACUGAAUCAAAUGGAAACAGUUUGCAUCCUAAUUUUUACAUACUUAGUUACAAUAAAAAAUAUAAUGGAGAAAACACUUAUGAGGACAAAGAAUGUGGUAAUGCCUUCAAAAACAAGUUUUAUCUCAUUAGAUACAAAAAAAAAGCAUGCAAGAAAAAACCAUGUAACCCCAAUGAGAGUGAGAAAGCCUUCCAUGCGAAGGCUGCUCUCAUGAGUCCUGAGAGGAACGAUAUACCAGAAAGGAAGAGCUCUGCAUGCAGUGAGUGUGGGAAAAUGUUUAGCAGUAUGGAAAACCUCGUAGCCCAUAAAAAAACCCAUACUGCAGAGAGGGCUUUUGUAUGCAACGAUUGUGGCAAAGCUUUUAUGCGAAAAACACAGCUCAUGGCCCACCAGAGACUUCACACUGGUGAGAAACCGUACAAGUGCAAUCAGUGUGGGAAGAUGUUCACUUGGCACUCCUCUUUCAAUCAGCAUAUAAAAUCACACACGUUCGAGCACUUGUUUGAGUGUAAGCAAUGUGGGAAAACCUUCAAGUACUGUUCAUCCCUAUACAAACAUUGUAGAAUUCAUGCAGGUGAGAAGCCGUACCGGUACAGAAAACGCAGCAAAGUCCAGGCUGACUCGCCCGUGUUCCCCGUACGUCCCCGAACUCGUUUGGACGAGAAACCCUAUGGAUGCACGAAAUGUGACAAGGCCUUCGUUAGAAAGUCACAUCUCUUGCAGCACUACCUAACUCAUCUAGCAGAACAGCAAAGCAAAUGUGAAUGUGGGGGAACUCCUCCCUGGAGGACACUUGUCAUUCUCCACGAAAGAAGUCAUGAAACAAUGAAAGGUGGCAAGACUCAUAAGGAGCGUUCUUAGCAAUGAAGAAUUCAUCACCAAAAAAUGAGCUCCCAUCAGGUGGGCAAAUGUGUAAAAAUAAUCUUCUGGUGUUCAUAUUUGUGAUGCCAUCAGUUUUGGAAAAUGAGACUGGAUUUUUGAGUUAGAAAGUUUUGCUAUAGCAUAUAAAGUUUAGAAAAUUAUGACAAAAUGAAUAAAAUGACAAAAAUAAUAUGACAAUGAUUACCUAUA